AUUUGCACCGCAAAAUCAAAGAUUUGCACCGCAAAAUCAAAGAUUUGCACCGCAAAAUCAAAGAUUUGCACCGCAAAAUCAAAGAUUUGCUACUUUUGAAGUAUUUUGGCAAAAAGUAAAAAUAGUUAUAGGUGAAAAAACUCACACCGCUAUUUAUGAAAGCAAACUUUUUCCCCAAAUUAAAAAAAUUAAUCCCCAACUUACGGACAGCGCCAUUAUGAAAGGCAUUGAGUCAUUAUUUAAUAGUAAAGAUAACCAAGAAGCCUUUAAUUAUCUGCGGAAUGGCAUAAUAAUUAAUAUCCAAGGGGAAAAUAAAAAAGUUAAAUUUAUUGAUUUUGACAAUCCUCAGCAAAAUAAAUUUUCCUAUUUUCCGCAGUUGCGUAUUCGCACUAAACAUGACAACUAUUUUGAACCCGACCUAAUUUUAUUUAUUAAUUAUUUGCCGGUGGUCGUUUUGGAAUUUAAAGACCAAACCCGAGCCGGAAGAAAAUGA